AUGGCCCAUUAUCCGCAUCGGUGCAUACGCAGCCCCGAUAUCUCCGCCCACAGGAUAAGGCUGCAGAUACUGAUAACUGACAGCCACAUUCAAGAUUGCAGCAACCAGUCCACUUUUCUCCUUGAAAGAAAAGUAAAGAAAGUCUUUUCAAAUCUACAAAUUUAUCUGCACGGCCGCAUAUCUAAAUACGUGCACCUGUCUUCUCUCAACUGCAAAACCCGUCGUUUCUUACUGCUUCCUGGUGAAAAAAACAUGCCUGUCACUCAACUCACACAGAACUUGAAGCAGCCCGAAAACGGCCGCUCCGCGGAGCCGCACAUCCCGUUCAAGAUCCACAACAGAAAAUUCCGCGUCGCUCUACCCUCGGUCGAAGAUGCAGACGGAGAUGACUACGAGACACAGUCUCCCAAAACGCAGCUGCGUCGCCGAAGACUGAGCUGCAGCGGCCAGACGCUGUACACGCACCUCGACGCAUAUAGCCGUUUUUUUGCGCGGGGUUUGGACGUCAAGGAGCACUUUGGUGGCCUUUCCAAUACGUAUUUGAGGUCGAAUGCGCAGUUCCAAGGCGAACAGCAGAGUGGAUGCGCGCGGUACGACAUCCGGGUGGUUUUCAAGUCGGUCGACUUGAUGUCUUCGGUGGUGACGGGCUUUUUCUACAUCAGCGGACUCACAGAUGAGCACCCACUCAUCACCACAUGCUUCAAGGGCGAGAUCAUCAAUAAUCCGUUGAGUCGACACGCCAUGUAUGCCAACCGCGUGAAGAAGUAUUCGUUCAUCACCGAGGAAAAAAACUGGUCGUCGUUCCCGAAAAACGACCUCGACCAUUGGAAAAAGCUUACUGGCCUGCCCAGCAACUAUACCGAGGAAGACCUCCGGCGCAAGUUGCAGAAGAUCCAGUCCGGCAACGACGAUCCACUGCUCAUCUACAUGCGCUGGAAAGAGGAGUUCUUGCUCCCCGACUCCCGUGUGAAGCUGCUCACUGGCGCCUCUUUUGAGGGCUUCUACUAUAUUGUCUUGAAUAUCGGCCUGGGAGGCGGUAGCGAUAUGGCUGUGCUGAAAUCUGAACAGAAGCUUGUUCCUGGUACCAUGAACGGGUUGUAUUUCUAUACGCAGAGCGAGAAGUUCCAGUCGUUGUCGUUGAAUUAUGUCGAGGAGAGGGGCGUUCCACCACCCUAUUCGUUUGCAUAG